AUGAGACGAUGCUCUUUGAUGAUAUCUGAGCCUGAUCGCAAAAUCAAGCAAGAUUGCGAGAGGCAGCUGGUGGAUCCAGUUACUUAUAAUCCAGGCAGCGUUCCUUUGGUAGGUUCUCUGGUAUACUAUAGGAGACGCAAAACGUGGUGUCCCAAGACCAGCGACAUAUCUGAGACAACGCACAAGUUGGUCCAGAGAAAGUCCAAAUCAUACCCUAACUUAUCUUCAAAAGCAGAAUCGCGAGAGGAAGCAGUAAUCGGCGGUCGGGGUGAGUUGCAACCAAAUAUACCAGACCGGUCAUGUCCAACCAGUGAUACCGAAUCGGACAUGGAUACCCUCAUAAGUAAGCCUACUGCCACGGAAGAUGACUCCUUCAGCCAAUUGGAAGACUGUGUUGACCAUCAACGUCGCAGAUCAUCCGGCUGGGUCGAUAAUCAGGAGUACUCGAACUCCAUCCCAGCACAACAAGUCCGUUCUUCAAAACACCAGCGCCGUCUGACGUGUGCGGUCAUGUUCACCAAACCCAGACUUCUGGAGAUUUGA